AUGGGCAUGGCUAACAGUAAAACUGACUUUGGAGAGGGAGAGAUGAUCACGCCUCCUCGCACUGGUACUCACAAACGUGUCAUGGACCAUGAAUUUGACCCCAGGUCUCCGUCGGUGGGAAUAACAAGGACUCCAAUUAUUGUGGAAAAGACUCCAGAGGGUCUGCUUGACCCGCGGUCACCAACUGUGGGGAUAGUUCGAACUCCCAUUGCCACCAUUAUGCCUGAAUCACGUCUGACCCAGGACCGGGUGCCGUUGAUGCCAAACCUUGUAGAUGAAGGAGCUGCUGAUGAUACAGAUGACAAAUUGGAAGAUACAGACGAACUUCUUCGUGAGUUUGACAGCCUCCAAAUGACCAUAGCAGAGAAAAAAUCAAAUGAUGAUGCAAUGCAAUUUGUUUACAAAGAUCAUAUAGAGAAAACUGUUCACAGAAAGCCUAUAAAACCAACACAGCCAAAGCAACUGUUUCCUAAACGUCCCUCAUCUUUAAAUAAGGACAACACGCGAUCACCUCUAGCCACAAGGACAGUCGAUAUGAACUCACCACGUGUAAUCAUCCAUCAAAAACAGACCAAGCGAAUGGAGACAGCCAAAUCAUGUGUGCAGGAGGUGAUAGGUAGUGGUCGGUACUGUGUGCAUGAGAAGGAGAAUGUGGAGUACUGA